UCCGACGUGAAUCUUUGCGCGUGCGCGGGCCUCCCAUUCACGUCUGCGCCCUGGUCGCAAGUCGUUGCGCAUGCGCAGUGAUGAAGGGAUGAACUUCGCGGCUUUGGAGGGUUCUGCGCAUGUGCGAAGGAGAAUGCCAUUUUUGCUGUUGCUAUGGGGGGAAUAAUGCUCCCUGUUUUCAUUAUUCCCAUUGGUGGGCGAUGGAGCAGCCCGUGUGCCUCGUCGCCAACCCGGCCGACGGGGAGCUGGAGGUGACGGAGGAGGCGCUGGAGGCCCUGCGCGGCGUGGAUCAGCCCGUGGUGGUGGUGGCCGUGGCCGGGCUGUACCGCACCGGCAAGUCCUACCUCCUGAACCAGCUGGCCGGCAGGAGAACGGGGUUCUCGCUGGGCUCCACCAUCCAGUCGCACACCAAGGGCAUCUGGAUGUGGUGCCUGCCCCACCCCCACCCCCGCUGGGCCGGCCACACCCUGGUGCUGCUGGACACCGAGGGGCUGGGCGACGUGGAGAAGGGUGACGGGAAGAACGACACGUGGAUCUUCGCGCUGGCCGUGCUGCUCAGCAGCACCCUGGUCUGUAACAGCCUGGGCACCAUCAACCAGCAGGCCAUGGACCAGCUGCACUACGUGACGGAGCUGACGGAGCGCAUCAAGGUGAAGGCGGCAGGCGAGGGCGGCCGGCAGGAGGGGGAGGAUUCGGCCGAGUUCGUGCGGUUCUUCCCGGCCUUCGUGUGGGCCGUGCGGGAUUUCACGCUGCAGCUGGAGCUGGACGGGCGGGAGAUCACCGAGGACGAGUACCUGGAGAACGCCCUGAAACUAAAGCCAGGCAGCAGCCAGCGAGCCCAGCUCUACAACCUGCCCCGCGAGUGCAUCCGCCAGUUCUUCCCGGCCCGGAAAUGCUUCGUCUUCGUCCAGCCGGCCGGCAGGAGGGACCUGCCCCGGCUGGAGGAGCUGCGGGAGGCCGAGCUGGAGCCCGAGUUCCGGGAGCAGGUGGCCCGGUUCUGCCACCACGUCUGGGAGACGUCAAAGCCCAAGACCAUCCCAGGCGGCCACGUGGUGACCGGGGCCAGGCUGGGGAACCUGGCGGUGACCUACGUGGACGCCAUCCGCAGCGGGGCGGUGCCCUGCAUGGAGAGCGCGGUGCUGGCCCUGGCGCAGAUGGAGAACUCGGCGGCGGUGGGGGAGGCCGUGGCUGCCUACGAGGAGCAGCUGGGGCGGCGGGCGGCGCUGCCCACGGAGAGCAUGCAGGAGCUGCUGGAGCUGCACGCCCAGUGCGAGCGGGAGGCGCUGCGGGUGUUCAUGGCGCGCGCCUUCAAGGACGACGAGCGCCGCUUCCAAGGGGAGCUCAUGCGCCGCCUGGAGGAGCAGAAGCAGGAGCUCUGCCAGCGCAAUGAGCUGGCGUCCUCGGACCGCUGCACGGCCGCCCUGCUGGAGCUGUCGGACGAGCUGGAGGACCGGAUCGGCCAGGGGGUCUAUUUGGUGCCCGGGGGCCACCAGCGCUUCCUGGACGACCAGUGGCAUGUGGUGGAGAGAUACUGGCAGGUGCCGGGGAAGGGGGUGAAGGCCGAGGAGGUGCUGCAGGAGUUCCUCCAGGCCAAGGAGGCCGUGGCCCAGUCCAUCCUGCAGACGGACGAGGCCCUGACGGAGAAGGAGAAGGAGAUGGCAGCCCAGCGAGCCCGGGCCGAGGCGGCCGAGCGGGAGCAGCAGGUCCUGAAGCAGAAGGAGGCUGAGCUGCAGCAGAAGCUGGAGGACCAGGAACGCAGCUACCAGGAGAACCUGCGGCAGCUGAAGGAGCAGCUGGAGGACGAGAGGAAGAAGCUGCUGGAGGAGCAGGGCAAGAUUAUGGAUCAGAAACUCAAGGAGCAGGAGGCCCUGCUGAGGGAGGGGUUCCAGGAGGACGCCAGACGCUUGGAGAGCGAGAUCCGGCGCCUGCAGCAGCAGAGCGAGGAGAUCCAGAAGCCGUCGUGGAUCCAAUCGGCAUUGGACGUUCUGGCCGACGUGGCCCCCUUCGUGCUACCUGGCUUCGCUGGCAAGGCCACCGGAGUCGUCAGCAGCCUCGUCCGGCGGAUGUUCUGAGGGGCCCCCAGCGUCCCGCUCACCCCUGCACCCCAGCGCCCUGUUCACCCGCGGAACCCCCCGCCACAGGACGCUCCGCCGGCGAGCAGCUUAGGAGCAUCCAGCAAAGCAUUGAGUGGUUCUGACUGCAGCGCCGGGGGCUCCCAACCCCCACGCUGGCCGGGUCAGGGAGGAAUAUCUCACCCCACAGGGCCCUGCAGGGACCGUCACUGUGGGAGACGUGCUACCUCAAGAUGCAGGGGACUUGUUGGAGAGGGAUACCAGGAUGGAUGGGGCUCUUUGCCUGAUCUGUGGGGCAGGACCCACGUGAGGUGGCCACCAGACAACCGCACCUGGAGCUGAGGCAGCCUUCUGCCCUGGGUACCUCCCCAGCCCCGGGCCGAGGGAUGGGAGCUGGCUUGGGUGCAGGAUGCCUCUCUGCCUUGCAGCCGGACAGCUUUAAACUCUGCAAUUAAAUAAACCUCCUCACGA